GUUUUAUUCUUAGGCACUUACUGUCCUCACUGUCCUCACUGUCCUCAUUGCUAAUAUUUAAUUUUUAUUGUAGCUUCAAGGAGCGUGGUGCCCGUUAUACUUUGCUUUCACUAUCUGAGAAACAGAAAAAGAUUGGUGUUAUAUCAGCAUCAUUAGGAAACCAUGCCCAAGCACUGAGCUACCAUGGCUGGAAAUUAGAUGUACCAGUUACCGUUGUGAUGCCGAAAGCCGCACCUAUUAUGAAAAUACAAAAGUGUAUCAAUUAUAAGGCGAGAGUGAUCGUAGAGGGCAGAGAUAUGGCUGAAGCCAAAACUUUGGCUAUGAAAAUUGCACGUGAUGAAAAUCUAUUAUAUAUUAAUGGCUAUGAUCAUCCACAUAUAAUGGCAGGUCAAGGUACUAUUGGUUUGGAAAUUCUAGAGCAAGUACCAAAUCCAGAUGCUGUCAUCAUACCUGUAGGUGGCGGUGGAUUAAUAGCGGGUAUAGCAACUGCUAUUAAAGCUCUUUCCCCAAAAACUCAGAUUAUUGGAGUAGAAUCUGAAAAGUGCCCCAGUUUUAGUCGUGCUAUGGCUAAUAACGGACCAGUACACACACCAAUUAAAAACACUUUAGCUGAUGGUUUGGCUGUGCCCAAAGUAGGAUAUAACGCAUACAUAACAGCCUUACCACUUAUCGAUAAAAUGAUUGUCGUGAAGGAAGAGUGGAUUGCAUUAGCAAUUCUUCGUUUAGUGGAAGAGGAAAAAUGUGUAGUUGAAGGUGCGGGUGCUUCAGGGUUAGCCGCCAUAUUAGCUGGACAUCUUAAUGACUUAAAAGGAAAAAGAGUAGUUAUAUUGCUAUGUGGAGGCAAUAUUGACACUACUGUGUUUGGACGCUGUUUAGAGCGUGGGCUCGCAGCUGAGGGUCGCUUGGUUAAGUUUAAUGUUGAAGUAUCGGAUAGACCUGGCGGCAUUCACGAACUUUGUGAAAUUUUAUCAACACUUGGUGUAUCUAUUAAGGACAUUAUGCAUGAACGUGCAUGGCUUAAAGACAUUUAUACGGUUGAGGUUAAAGUUGUCUGUGAAACACGCGAUUGGGCGCACAGUAUGGAGCUGAAAAAUGAGCUGAAAAAAAUUUACACAAAAGUACAAUUUUCGGAAGAGCCGUUGGCUAUUUGUGAAAAAGAGUUAAAUAGUGUUUAAAUUUGUUUUAAAUAAAUAUUUCUUAUUUUUUUUUA